AUGUCCGCUCCUGUAGAAGCUAAUCUUCAUAAAGAUGAAGUGACCGGUGAAAUGAUUUCCAAGUCCGAGCUCAAGCGAAGACAAAAGGAAAGAGCAAGAGCAGCUACUAAAGCUGAAAAAGAAGCUUCCAAACCUACACCAGUAGCUAAAGUCGAAAAGGGACCUUCUAAAGCUACUGCAGAGGCAGAGAUGGAUGCAGGUGCUUUCAGAGAGAUGAGAAUCAAAGAGAUUCAAGCUCUUAGAAAAUCACAAUUACCUAAUCCUUAUCCUCACAAAUUCCAUGUCACUCAAUCUGUCCCCCUCUACAUCAAAGAAUGGGGAGCUGAAGGAAAGAUCGAGAAGGGAACCACUGUCUCUGACGCUAAGCCUAUCUCGCUCGCUGGUCGAGUUCACACCAUCCGAGAAUCAUCUUCCAAGCUCAUUUUCUACGAUUUGAAAGCCGACGGUGAGAAGAUCCAAGUCUUGGCUCAAGCGCAAAACGCAUCUUCAAUAGAAGAAUUCAUCUCAUCCCACUCAUUGAUCCGAAGAGGUGAUAUAAUCGGUGUUACUGGUAUUCCAUCUCGAACUAAAAUGGGUGAACUUUCACUCUUAAUCUCUUCCAUACAAUUACUCUCACCUUGUUUACAUCAAUUACCUGGUAGAGAAGGUGUGGUAGAUACUGAAAGUAGAUAUAGAAAGAGGUAUUUGGAUUUAAUCAUGAAUCAAUCCACAAGAGAUGUUUUCAUUACAAGAUCCAAAGUUGUCAAUUAUAUCAGAAAGUUCUUGGACAAUCUGGGUUUCCUCGAGGUCGAAACACCUAUGAUGUCAAUGAUAGCAGGUGGAGCUACAGCUAAACCAUUCGUAACACAUCACAACGAUCUCAAACUUGAUUUAUUCAUGCGAAUUGCACCUGAACUUUAUUUGAAGGAAUUAGUUGUUGGUGGAUUAGAUCGAGUAUUUGAAAUUGGAAGAGUAUUCAGGAAUGAACAAAUCGACAUGACACAUAAUCCCGAAUUCUCAAUUUGUGAAUUCUAUAUGGCUUAUGCGGACAUGUACGAUUUAAUGGAUAUGACAGAAUCCAUGAUCACUGGUCUAGUUCAAUAUUUAUAUGGAACGAAUAAAGUCACUUUCCAUCCUCAAGGUAAAGGUGAAGGCAAAAAAUCAUAUGAAGUAGACUUCACUACUCCUUGGAAAAGAUUCGAUAUGAUCGGUGAACUGGAAUCUCAACUAAACGUUAAAUUCCCUCCUGGAGAAACUUUACACGAUGACAAUGCCAAUAAAUUCUUGAGAGAUUUAUGCGAGAAACACAACGUCGAUUGCGCUGAACCAAAGACCAACGCUCGGUUGCUCGACAAACUCGUUGGAGAAUUUAUCGAAAACCAAUGUGUCAACCCUUCGUUCAUCGUUGGACAUCCCCAAGUCAUGUCACCCCUUGCUAAAUAUCACAGAUCCAGACCUGGAUUAUGUGAAAGAUUCGAAGCGUUCAUGUGCACAAAAGAAAUCUGUAAUGCUUACACUGAGUUGAACGAUCCGUUCGAUCAAAGAUCAAGAUUCGAGGAACAAGUAAGACAGAAGGAAGCAGGUGAUGAUGAAGCUCAAGGCGUCGAUGAGACUUUCUUGGAUGCCCUCGAAUACGGUCUCCCCCCUACUGGUGGUUGGGGUCUCGGUAUCGACAGAUUAGUAAUGUUCUUGACUGAUUCAGCAAACAUUAAAGAAGUCCUCUUGUUCCCAGCUAUGAGACCCGUAGUAGCUAAUUCAGUAGAAGCUGUCGCUCCUUCAAUUACAGCUACUGAAGCCGCUAAAGAGGCUGAGACCGCUUAG